AUGUUUGACACUCACAAGCCACAUCCACUGCUUGCGCAGGUUCCCUUAACUGUCUCGCCCUUUCUGUCGCUGCCGACUGCUGUGACACUGCCCUACACAUUUCGAUCUGUACCCACGUCGCUUCCCCCGUCCAUCAUAGCUGAAAAUGGCCCUGGAAAGCCCAAAUAUAUCACAUCCUCCUCUGGGCACUCUGCCCAUCCAGAUGAUAUCAUAAACUCUUGUAAUGCCCUCCAAGAUCACCUCAAAAAGACCCUCGAAGGUGCAGACAGAGCCAUCAAAGAAUGGGAGCAAGAGAUCAAGGAUCGAGAUCUGGCAGAGAAACGCAGAGUGGCGCCCGGUUGGUUGGAUCGAGAGGAGAAGAUACUAGAGCCUACAAAGGCGUCCUCGAAGGCAGGGGGAGAUCAGAAUCUGCUGGACGGGCAGCCUGGGCAUGUCAUAUCAGCACCCGCAAUGUCUCCAAGCCGUGAAGGGGAAGAGCUGGAUAGAGCUUUUGGAGGUCUCGGUCUCAAAUAA